AUGGGUGACUCGAAGCUAGUGAUCAAUAUAUUGGAUUAUAAUGAACACAGUCCAGCGAUAUUAAAUGAUGGAGCUGAAUGUUCGAUUGCGGAAAAUCUUCCGGUUGGAAGUGAGGUACUUCAAAUCGAAGCCCGUGAUCCAGAUUUCUCAGCAACAAGGCUCAGUUUCUCUCUUUUUGAUGAAGACAAACUUCCAUUAUGUUUUUCAACCAAUAAACCAGGAUCAAUGAUUCUAAAGACACCCCUUGAUGCUGAAACCAUGCCUAUGGAAUUUCACGUGAAAGUAAAGGUCUCCGAUUCUGGUAGGCCUUUUUCUCGUAGUAUGAUGGAUAUCUAUCUUAAUAGAAUUAUCGACAUAAAUGAAUUUAGCCCGGUGUUUGUUGAGAAAUCCUACGAAGCCCAGCUGGUUGUUACUCCAAGUGGACAAAUUCAAACAUUUGCACCAUCGGGACUAGAGUUAGGUCGAUUCUUUGCUGAAGAUCUGGACCGGGAUGGAAGUAGUGCUGUGAAAAUUAGACUCGCUUCCACAACUGUGUCUAGGCCUUGCUUCAAACUCGAUUCCGACACUGGACGUUUACAAUUGAUCUGCUCAAAUAUCGGUCUUCCCGAGACUUCUAUCAAUGUUAACCUUGAAGCAACUGAUGGGGAGCUGAACUUAGAUCAGCCCUUUGAAUUGAAAAUCAAUCUUGAGAAGGCUGGUUAUGGUCGAGUCUAUUCGAAAUCCUUUGACCGUGGUUUGUGCUUCUUAGAAUAG